UUGGUGGAGAAGAUCAUCAAUUCUUCAAUAAGGUUUUUUCUCUUCUAUUUUUGUUAAUUCUCGUCCUUUAUUCAUGUCUUUGCUUCUCAAUCAGCCCUCGAAGCUCUGCUUUCGGAAGCCUGUGCUGGUGAGAUCCUCUCCUCAUCCAUCUAAUGCCCUAUCAUCUUUGGUGUUGCAAAGUGAUUGUCAUUCUUUUGUCUUGAUCUGCGCUGAUCCAUGUGGAGGUGAUCGCGGAAUGGCCACGAUUAGGAGGCCUUGUGGUGUUCAUCACUACGGUUCUUUCAAAGAGUGGGACGAGGUGAUAGGGAAAGAUGCAAAGCUGUGUAGAGAGUUGCGUAAGGAAAUGGGAACGAUAGGAUCAUCCAAUGGAUGGCUACCUACGUUGAAGGACGGCGUGUUGCGUCUCCGAGAAAUAAAUAUAAACAAUGAAACAGAUCCGAAACGUAUUUCGCUGCCUCCUCUUGUAACCCUGCCUUAUUGCCAAACCCAAUAUGUCACCAACGUGGCCAUGUCUUCGUCUUUCCCAGAAGAAGAGGACUGUGUUGUGGCUGUCAAGUUCUUGGGGCCUCAACUUAGCUUUUGCAGACCCGCUCGAAGCAACUCCAAGUGGAUCAACACCAGAAUCACAGACCCCUGCUUCUUCUCCUCUCCUGUCAUGUUUUCCAAGAAAGAUGACAUGUUUCGCAUAGCCGGUUCUGGAGGCCACCUCAUCGGAUCAUGGGAUCUCCACAAACAUUGCAACAACCCUAAGUUCCAGAUCUUGCGGUUUCCCAAGUUGUCCGAGACAAAACGAGACCUUCUCGAUUCGUGCUACACAAGCGAACACUUGGUGGAGUCAUUAACCACCAGUGAAACUUUCUUGGUUAAGUUGUACAGGAAGACCGCAGAGAUCCUCCAAGGUAUUCCGAGAAUUAAAACAGAAGCAAUAAUGGUGUUCAGGGUAGACGAAGAAGGAAACGCUGUUUACACUCAAGACAUCGGGGAUCAAAGCAUUUUUCUCACAAAUUCUGAAGCUUUCUGUGUCCCUUUGAGUUCCACUUUCUGCCUGCGUCAACCUAACUACGUCAAACUUUUAAAUGUCGACGAACACUGCAGCAAUUUCAAGCUGACUAACCAAAAUUGGGAUUGUUAGAGUCACUAUUCCAUCUCAAAAAUUAAUUUGGAAUUGUUUUAAGAGUCUAGAGUCUUGUCUUCACUUUUAAACCUUUCAAACAUCAAAAAACUAUUUUUAUAUAAUCUCUGUAAGACUGAUAUAUAAUUUUGCAGAAAAUUUGCUAGAAUCUCUCAUCAGUC